AUGAAGUUGCAGUGGAUAUUAUUCUUUAGUAUUUGUCUCGUUGGUUUUUCCACACCGGUGCAAGGUCUAUUCAGUGGUACAUCACUUCAAGAUUAUAUUGAUGGAUUAGUCGACGCUGCCAAAUUUAAAAUACAAGGAAUGGUGAGCCUUAAUGACACGACGGUUGGUCGUAUGUGGUCGUAUUUUAAAUCAAAAUAUGGUCGUGUUUAUUCAUCAUUAGACGACGAGAAGCAGCGUCUCCGCAUAUUUCGGGAUCAUUUAAAAUAUGUCUUGGAAUCUAAUUUGAAUGCACUGCGGACGUACGAGCUCGAAUUGAAUGAAUUUGCCGAUUGGACAAUCGAUGAAUUCAAUACUUUGAAAAAAGGUUUGACCAUUUCUACUGAAUUACGACGUCGACUCUCCGAUAGUGAGAGUGAUGACAGCUAUGAUGAAGAUUCCGUUCGGCGUAGCUUAGAUAAACUGUACAAACAUCACUAUCAUCAGCGACGAUUAAAACGAAGUAUGAUCUACCGAAGACAGCAUCAAGCUCAUCUUGACAGACGUGGAUUUACUGAUUGGCUUUGGAAUUUGAUCAAUGCAGGUGUUGGAAACAGUAGCAGCAGCAGUAACAACAACAACAAUGCUGGCUCGUCUACAAGUUCAUUCGAUUGGCGCAGUAAGAACAUGGUUAGUAGUGUGAAGAAUCAAUUGAAUUGUGGAUGUUGUUAUGCAUUUGCUACUGCUGCCGUCUUAGAAACACUUUAUGCUGUCAAAACAAAAUCUUCCACCGUAACUGACUUCAGUCCGCAACAAAUCGCCGAUUGCUCGAGCAAUGGCAACAAUGGUUGCAAUGGUGGAAAUUUUGCGCCUAGUCUUCGUUAUAUCUUAGGACAAGGGGGUAAGAUCGCAACACUUGCUUCGUAUCCCUAUGCUGGAAAGAAACAAUCAUGUCAAACCAGUGGCCUCAAUCAAGUUAAUCUUGGCAACAUUCAGUACGGUGCUAUACCUGAAGGUGAUGAAAAAGCAAUGGCUAAAGCCCUUGUCGAUUACGGACCAAUAUUCAUCGGUCUUGAUGCUGAUUCUAAAUUAUUUAUGUUUUACAAAUCAGGUGUUUUGUCAAUAUCCGGUUGCCCGACUCGUCGGCAAGAUAUGGACCAUGCGAUGGUUGCUGUCGGUUAUGGUUAUGAUAGUGCAUUGAAAUUGCCAUAUUGGAUUAUAAAGAACUCCUGGGCAGAAAAAUGGGGUGAGAAAGGUUACUUGCGAUUAGUAAAAGAUCAAAGUAAUAUGUGUGGAGUUGCUUCCAUGGCUUAUUAUGCAAAAUUAACUUGA